AUGUCUGGCGCAAUUUAUUUAUUUAUGAUUGCUAAUACUGAUUUAUACCUCAUUAAUAAUUAUGAUACAGCUUAUUCUGCUCUAGGACAAUCAAAGCAUGAUAACUUAACACUAAGUAAAACUCAAGCUAUUGAAGCAGUAAUUAAUUCAACGUGUACGAUAGCGCGUUUUUUUUCAAUGAUAUCCUUAACCGCAUCAGUGAUGAUUUCCUUAGUUAUGGCCAUCGAUCGAACUAUUUGUGUUUGUUAUCCUAAACGCAAGAAUAGAAUCACUUUCAAAGUAGCUCAUAUCAUGAUGUUAAGCUGUUGGUUGUUUGGAUUUGUGAUGACGUUGACAUAUAGUACACGUUUCUUAAUGUUACCGAAUGGAAAUUCUAAACAGCUCGGCCACAUAUUGCAAAACCUGUGUUACAUUGGCCAUCAUACAGAUUUAGUAUUAAAAGUGAUUAUAUGGACUGUUAUUGGUAUACUUUUAAUCAUGUUUUUGGCUAUUAUUUUGCUUUAUAGCAUCAUCUUUUUACGCGGUCCUCCAAUCUAUCAGCAUUUGCGUCGACGUCAAUAUGAGAUGCAAAUAGUUUGGUUAACUAGUUGUAUGAUGCUUAUCCAGCUACUGUCAUGGAUACCAGGUUUAAUUGCUUUGAUAAGCGAUCUCUUAUCCUUAGCAUUUGUUAGGGCAGCAUUAUGGCAAGAUACAUCACCCAUUAUGAUGAUAUUCUUUUACCUUAGUCCAGCUAUCCAUCCUACCAUUUAUAUCAUCUUUGCAAAGUUAUAUUCCCAAAAAUUGACCAACUUCCUUCAAUGUUGUUGUUGUGUUCUUAUAACUAAGACCGUAAUUAAUAAGGCCGAAUCAAUCCGCAGUAAUAAUUCUACUACAAUAACUGUUAUAGAGAGUCGACGAACCGUUGCUAGUUAUCAUGGAUAA